UUUUCAUAAGACCAUAUGCCACACCUAGCUUUGAUUAUUCUCUCUCUGCUCGUCGUCUAACCGUAAUGGCCUGAUCUUUGACAAGACUUACUUCACCUUCGCUUGUAAAUCAGCACAAUCUCGGCAUGUUGAUUGUCUUAUGAAAGAAACACUUGUUGUUUGGUUUAGUAUACGUAUCCAGCUUACUCCAGACUCCUUAACAAGCCUCGUCUUCAUAAAAGAAUGAACUCUCGCCACAAUGUCCCACUCUUUUGGACUUGGAAUGAAUAUUAGAUAAGAAUGUCCUACUUAUGCGCUUCCUUCCCUAAUCCAUGAUGUGAGAAUCCACUUAUCAUAUUAUUCCAAGUAACUAUGUCUCUAAAUAUCAUGCCUGAGACGCUUUCCACGCAUCCUCCAAGCUACCGCGUUUAGCGUGCAUAUGAACCAGCGCAUUGCCAACCAUUACAUGGUUCCUAUAACCACAUUUGCCAUACAUGUUGAUGAGUGCACCACUUGUAUCAACAUCACAUUUGAGACCAAGCCUUACACAUUCGGCUAUAAUCCACACCAAGAAACCACAUUUCUCUCAGACAUUUAAUCGAACAACUUGCCUGCACGAACAGUUUUCCCGCAUUUCAUAUAGAAACUGAGAUCAAACGAGCGUGCAUCGAUUCUCCAGUCCUCAGAUAACUUCAUUGAGCUCAUUCUUUCAAAAGAUCGUUAAGCUGAUUAAGCCGUGGAAGAGCUUCAACUGGUCUGGAUAAUAAAGACGCAAGCCUGUUCUGUUUCCACUUUACCAGUCCUUGUUCGAGCACAGACAAGAAGAAUAAGCUCUGUUUCACUAUAAGAUUUCCGGUUUAAUUUCGGUUUAAACUUUACGAUUUGGUUAGACCGGAAAUGAGAUUCCGGUAUGGAAAGAUUUGUAAGAAGAUCAAACGCAUUUAUUUGGAAAAUCUUCAAAGAUUCUCGAUCUUUGAUCUUCUUCACUUCAAAGGAUGAGUGUGAAGAGAGUAGGGCUUCCAUUGAUGAAUGUCGUUAAGCUUAGAGGAACACCGAUUCUGCAGCAGCUGCUUCUAGAAGAAAGGCUUCUUCGAUCUUCCUCUGCUAAUUGGUGUAUCGUUAACGAUGGAACCAAUCUCCCUAACAUCGUCAUGGGUUUGUCUGGGAAGCCUUGUGAACUUGUUGAGCUUGAACCCGUUAUAAGAGAUCAAGUACCGGUGAUUAAGCGGUUUACUGGAGGAGGAACUGUGAUCGUUGACGAGAACACUCUUUUUGUCAGUUUGAUUUGCAAUAGAAAUGAUGUUCCAGAUGUCCAGCCUUAUCCACGUUCUGUCAUGGCUUGGAGUGGUUCCUUGUAUAGUCAAGUGUUUAACGGUAUUGGUGAUUUUCAGCUACGUGAGAACGAUUAUGUUUUUGGUGAUCGUAAGUUUGGUGGGAAUGCUCAGUCGAUAACGAGGAAUAGAUGGAUUCAUCAUACGUCCUUUCUAUGGGACUAUAGUGAGAGUAACAUGGCUUACCUUAAGCUUCCUUCAAGAGUGCCUCAGUACCGGCUUGAAAGAGACCACACAGAUUUUGUAUGUAGAAUGAAGGACUAUAUUGAAAGAGCUGGGUUUAUAGAGAAAACCAUAAAGGCUGUGGGAACACAAUUCAUGUUGAAGGAACUUAGCUUCGAUGAGAUCGAUGAUUCUUGCAGAGAGCACUUAGAAACCACUAGACUUCUCACACUGGAUGAGCUCAAAGAAACGUUGGCAAAAACAACUCAGAAUGAGAGUAUUGCUCAAGCUGUUUAAGUGUUUUAAUACUCUUGAUCCUUUAGCUUUCUGUUUGAGAUUCAAGUUUUUGGGUGUGGAUAAAUGUGGACUUGUGAUUAAAACACGAAAAAUAGAUUGUCUUUCACUGCUUAUACAAAUGCAACCUUGUUA